AUGGAGGCCUCGGCCACCGCCCCUCGGUCACGAUCACCAAUUUCGGGGCGUUCGCCUCUGUUCUGCUCUUGUGGCCAGGUGGGCAGUCCAAAGAGCUGUGACAAGGCCCGGCCUGGGGGCUGUCCUGGCCCCCUGCUGGAGCACGAUGCUGGCUCACUGGGCAUGGGCCUCCAGGCAGGCCCAGGGAAGAGGGUGCCAGGGAGCGUGGCCACACCGCCCUGCCCUCGCUCUGCGAUCCCAUCGGGCUCCUUCAGCCUGCCACUGAACCAGGCUGUGGGGUUAAGCAAGGGGGCCCUCAGUGCUCAGACCCCUCACCCCAAGGAAGUCCUGAGGCUCGCAGCCCAGGGGAGAGAGGUGACUUCAGUCUCGCCUCGAGGAAGCUGGGAGGAACUGGGCUACCUGUCUGAGAAGGAGGAGGAAGAGGUGGAGGAAGAAUCAAUAGGCAGAGCCUCUGGGGAUUUAGGGGCCUCUGACAGGGCCCACUUUGCCCAGGCUCUGAAGAUGGAGCAUGAAGGCCCACAGAGGGCCAUGGAGCUGCUGGCAGCCAGCACCGUGGCCUUCACUAGGGAGCACGGGGAAGAGGAGGAAGAGGCAAAAGAAGAGGAGGAAGAGAAGGAAUGUCUACUUAAGGGUGAAUAUGGUGACCUCAGAGGGACCUCUUCCCAGGCGGGGGGCACUCCCUGGAGCCACAUCCUCAGCUUAUACAAACAUCUCCGGAAGUCAGCCAUGACCCAGUUUUCUUUCCAGGAAGACUUGGCGAAUGAGGAGAAAAGAGAGGAAGUAGAGGAGGAAGAAGACAGCUUGGCCAAGCUCUGUGAUACACACCUUGCCACCUCCCAGUCACCGCCGCGUAGGACUUUUAUGUACACAGAGACACUAGGUUUUGUGGAGUCGGAGCUGAAGAAGCUUCUAGCUGUACCACAAGAGCCCCCCUUCUGGAAGGUGGACAGCCCUGAGGGCCAGGAGCUGCCAGCCCAACCAGAGGUCACCGUGAAGGAAGCUGACAUGGUACAAAGCCUGGGGGUGGAGUCCGGGAAGGGCUGGAGCCCGGAGCUCCAGGAGUGUGCGCCCCUGCACGAGGGCUCCUAG